GGCCAUCGUCCAAUUGGUUGAAGACCUACGUGCUCAUCACAUUCAUCAACGGCACGAUGGGCUCGAUUGACAUCGUGCAGAGCAUGCUGAUAGGGAACUUGCCCAUCAUCCACUACGCGCUGCCGGCGCGCCUGAACCUCAUGCACAUGGUGCAGCUCCUGGUGCCUGGGGCGUCGUUCAUGGGCGCGUACUGCGGCUGGCAGCACUUCAAGAAGCAGCAGAGAGUGGCGGCGCAGGCAUACCACCAGCAGCUGCAGCAGCAGAUGAUGAUGCUGAUGGAGCCAGGCGCCGUGGCCGCCCCCGCCGCUGCCGCCGCUGGGCGCGCCGCUGGGGAUGCAGGAGACGGCGCGCUCCCAGUGCCCACGGGGCCCCCCGGCGUGCGGGGCCCGCUGGCGCCAGUCGCGGAGGAGGACGAGGAGAGGCUUAGUCGGCAACGCCCUGUUCGACUCGAACUGGGCGCCGUGAUUUUCCGGCCUCUCUCACCGGCUCUGGUCAGGCUUGGCACGGUCAGGGAGCGUUCUUAGAGAGGCGGAGCGGGUCGUCGCUUCCCUCCUCGAGUAGGCCCCGCGCGGCGCGCGCUGUGCUCGGCCCGUCGGCGACAGGCCCGGUGCGCGAGUCCUGCGACCCGGCCG